CGGAGCCUGGCUCUCCUUGAGGUUCUCGCGAUAACUUCUGCGCAAGGUAUUCUGGGAUUUACAGUGUAUAUUCGCAAUGGCUGCGACUGAGGGAGAAUCUGAGGAUUGGACGAUGCCUCUGCAUCAUCGCGACUGAGAGUGACACACCUUCAUGAACUGACGCCAAAGUUUUUGUGGAGAAGUUUCUUGGUGUCCUAGAAGGGGUUGGACGUGAUCGACGGAGGAAGACUACAUUUCCCAUCAGACCAAGCGCACUAUAACUGAGUCUCCCUCCUCUCAGGUGGCGCCGGAGCAUUGUGGGAUUGGAUGAGUCUCAAGAUGGACAACCGGGAUGUUGCAGUGCUGGGAUUAAAGGCAUGCGCCUACACUACCUGGAUUUGUUUUCAGCAAUGAUCUUGUGUAAUCCAGGGUGACCUUGAAUUCACAGAGAUCCAUCUGCAUCUUUCCCAAAUCCUGGGAUUAAAGGAAAGGCUAAUCGUUGGUUCGGGAUGGCACAGCCCAAGUCUGGAAAGAUGAAUAUGAACAUCCUCCACCAGGAAGAACUCAUCGCUCAGAAGAAGAGGGAGAUCGAGGCCAGAAUGGAACAGAAAGCCAGACAGAGUCAUGCGUCCAGUCCACAGCCCCCUCAUCCUGGGGAAAUUGCCAAUGCACAUAACUCCUGUAUCUCCAACAAGUUUGCCAACGAUGGCAGCUUCUUGCAGCAGUUUCUGAAGUUGCAGAAGGCACAGGCGAACACAGAUAUUCUCCCCAGUGCCCCUCCCAGCAUGCCAGCACCCAGCACCCUGAAGAGACCCCUCCUACUCAGCAAGCGGACAGGCCUGGGGCUGGGAAGCCCACUGGGCCCUGUGAAGAACUACUUACAUGCCAAGCAGUUGCCUGUUGCACACCGUCCAAGCGUUUUCCAAUCCCCUGAUGAUGAUGAUGAUGAAGAGGAGGACUAUGAGCAAUGGCUGGAGAUCAAAGUUUCACCCCCAGAGGGAGCCGAGACUCGGAGAGUGAUAGAGAAGCUGGCCCGUUUUGUGGCGGAAGGAGGUCCUGAGCUAGAGAAAGUAGCUAUGGAGGACUACAAGGAUAACCCUGCCUUCACAUUUUUACAUGAUAAGAAUAGCAGGGAAUUCCUGUACUACAGAAAGAAGGUAGCUGAGAUCAGGAAGGAAGCCCAAAAGCCACAGGCAGCUGCUCAGAAAGUUUCACCCCCAGAGGACGAAGAGGCCAAGAACCUUGCAGAAAAGUUAGCCAGGUUCAUAGCAGACGGGGGUCCUGAGGUGGAGACCAUCGCCCUCCAGAACAACCGCGAGAAUCAGGCCUUCAGUUUUCUCUAUGAUCCCAACAGCCAGGGGUACAGAUACUACCGGCAAAAGCUGGAGGAAUUUCGGAAAGCCAAAACAGGCUCUGCGGGCUCCCUCCCUGCUCCUAACCCCAGCUUACGACGCAAAUCUGCUCCUGAAACCCUGUCAGGAGCUGUGCCCCCCAACACUGCCUGCCCCACUCCAGUGACCCCAGCACCUGCCAUCAACCCCACUCCAUCCAUCCUUGGGAAGCCCAACACAUCAGCUACUGUGAAGAGGAAGCGGAAGAGUCGAUGGGGGCCUGAAGAGGACAAAGUGGAACUGCCACCUGCCGAACUGGCACAGAGGGACAUAGAUGCCUCGCCUUCACCUCUGUCAGUUCAGGAUCUCAAGGGGCUUGGUUACGAGAAGGGGAAACCUGUGGGCCUGGUGGGUGUCACAGAGCUGUCUGAUGCACAGAAGAAGCAGCUGAAGGAGCAACAGGAGAUGCAGCAGAUGUAUGACAUGAUUAUGCAGCACAAGCGCGCCAUGCAGGACAUGCAGCUGCUGUGGGAGAAGGCACUACAGCAACACCAGCAUGGCUAUGACAGUGAUGAGGAGGUGGACAGUGAACUGGGAACCUGGGAGCACCAGCUGCGGCGCAUGGAGAUGGACAAGACACGGGAGUGGGCAGAGCAGCUAACACAGAUGGGUCGGGGAAAGCACUUCAUCGGUGACUUCCUGCCCCCUGAUGAGCUGGAGAAGUUCAUGGAGACCUUCAAGGCCCUGAAGGAGGGCCGAGAGCCAGACUACUCAGAGUACAAGGAGUUCAAACUGACAGUGGAGAACAUUGGCUACCAGAUGCUCAUGAAGAUGGGCUGGAAGGAGGGCGAGGGGCUGGGCACUGAGGGCCAGGGCAUCAAGAACCCAGUGAACAAGGGUGCCACAACAGUUGAUGGAGCGGGUUUUGGCAUUGACCGGCCAGCUGAGCUUUCCAAGGAGGAUGAUGAGUAUGAGGCUUUCCGCAAGAGGAUGAUGCUGGCCUACCGCUUCCGGCCCAACCCCCUGGUGUGUGUCUCCUUGACUCCUGCUGGGAGAACAACCCCAGACGGCCCUACUACUGAAUACUCUGGAAACAAAAAGUCUACUUUCAGAUCAGCUAUCCUGGGACUGUGGAAUGUUGUGGCAUCCAUCUCUGCCCAUUCUGUUGUUACAAGUGUUGUGCUGUGCAUUAAAGUUCCAGUGCUCUCCUGCCCAGCAUCUUGUUCCCCUGCUGUUUCUGGGAAUCCCUUUUGUCCUGCCUCCAGUCCCAGUGUGGCUCAUCGUUGAGGUCCCAGUAACUGU